AUGACGUUCAAAAAGAAGGUCGUCAAGGAAAUCCCAGGAUUUGAAUAUAUUCAUUCGGAUAUUGUAUUAAUACCAGGAUUUCGAGGUUCAAAAUUAGUAAAUGAAAAAACCAAAAAAACGGGAUGGAUAUCGUUAUGUACACCAUUUUUGCCUCAUAGUAAAGAAUCAAUAGACUUACCCUUAAACAUAACUAAACAUGAACAUGAUAGAUUGGUUCCAGAUGGAAUCAUACAAAAAAUUGCAUGGCAAAAAUUUUAUGAGAAUUUGGUUAGUUAUCUGGAUGAUUUAUCUAAAUCUCGUGAAAAAAAAUUGAAAAAAGAAGAAAAGAAAUUAAACAAUAAAUUAAAACAAGAAUCUUCCUCAGCUUUACAAGAAAAUGUGCAGGGUACCCCUUUUGGUGGAGCUCCUGGUAUAUUUGGUAAUUUAAGGCAUGGAAUUUCAUUGUUAUUUAACAAAAAAUUUCAGGAUGAUGCUGCGCAUUUUGCUUUACGUACCGUAUUUUCUUUUAUGCCACCUAAAUUAGACGCAUUUAAAGAUCAAAAUGAUUCAACAAAAUAUGCUAAUAUUGAUUAUUUUGAUAUCGAAGAAUGGAAAAAUAGCGAUUGGUCAUUUGUCAUUAAUGAAGAUAAUCCAAGGUAUAAUGAAUUGGGUACCAGGCAAGAGCGUAUCGAUUAUCUUCAAAGAACUUUAGAAGCCGCGAAAAGAUUUCACUUGACUUUAGAAAAACCUGAAAAUUUUGAAUAUCCUCCAUUAUGUACUUUAGUUAGCGAGAAUCAUCAUACUAAUGGUGGUUAUCCGAUGGGUAAAUUAGAUGAUGGUAGACAUUCUAUACAUUUUGAUAAAGUUAUCGCUGCUAACGGUGAUGGUGCUGUUCCUUUUGAAAGAACCAAAUUACCUCAAGGGAUACCUUUUGAAGUUGUUUACACCGAUAAUUCUCAUGGUUCUUUAUUAGAAGAUUUAGAUGCAGUUGGAAAAGCUUUACAAACAAUCUUUAAUAAACAUUGA